CACUGGUCGUCGUUUCGUUGUCUUGUGGAAAAGUUGGGUUGGCAGUGAUACUUUUCGAUUUAAUUCAUUUCGCGCUAAUUAAUUGCUUCUUCUGAUCUGACACAACCACUACGAAUCACCGUUAACACGGGUGGCACAUGCUGAGCAGGCCCCCGAGAAAUUCAAAAGACUGAAAGCCCCUAAUAGAAACAAAAUCGCUGCACCUGCACCGACGUGUAUGUGUGCAUCGCGAUUUCUAAUCACUCGCAAGACUUUCUUCCACUGAAAGUGAACAGAAAGAGUCCCCAGCCCAGCCAUUAAGAAGUGUGCCACUUUUUUUCGUCCCAAAAACGCCGUCCAAUUGAAUUCCGUAAGCCAGGCAGCAAAUAGAAUUAAAUAACAGGGGCAAGAGAGAAAGAGACGGAGCACCUGGCGAGGGGCAGGGCGUUUUUUCAGAGUUUCGCUUUUAUUCUGGACAACGACGACGACAAGACCGAAUAACAACACUCAGGCAUGAGUAGACAGACGCCCAAUGCGGGUCAAUCCAAAAUGGACCUAUACAUCACUCACCUGGAUCACGUUGGCCCGUACCUGAAGGUGUACGGCCAGGUUAACAGAGAUGCCGCUUUUCUGGUGAGCAAGCACAUCGAACAGCUGCUGCCCACAUGCUUUGAAAUCGAGCCUAGUUGGUCACUGGAGCGCCAGCAGGCUCUUCUUACGCCCGGCACUUUUUGCGUCUUUAAGCGAAUCAAUGGUCCAGCUCCCGGGGAUGUGGAGUACAUGCGGACUCGUGUGGUCAGCGCCGAUCUGCAGGGCAAACAGAUGCGCACAGAGAUCGAGUUCUUGGACUAUGGUUUCAAGCGCACCGUGAAUAGUCAUGAUUUAAUGUUUCCAAAGCAGCCAAAGCUGCUGCAGAACAUCCCCCUGCUCUGCGUCCAGUUCAUUAUACUGGGCAUCUGCUCCGAGUGGGACAAGACCGACCUGGCGGUGGUACACCAGCUGAUUGUCAACCAAACUGUUCAAGUCACCAUCGAUCCUACUCAGAUUUGUGGCCAAAAGUUCGCCAGCCUGCGCUGGAAGGAUUUUGAGCUAACCGAGUUUUUAGUGCAACAAAGGCAAAUCGGAGCACCGAUGAGCAAACAACUUAUGUUGGAUCACUGCAAAAAGAUGUGGAAGGAUUCUCCACAGGCGCCAGUCACGGAACACAACAACAAUAUCGUACACAACUCAAAGACUCCCACGGAAAUUGCACGUGAGCAGUUGGCUGAGCGGCGGUCCCUGGCCGCCCGCCUGGAUGCACAGCGAUUGGUCCAGGUAACUCCGCCAAGGCCGCUAAAUGCGGACGCUCCCGACUAUACACCCAAACACCUUCCGCUGACCAAUGUAACAAAUGUGCAGGUUCCAUUGCAAGGCCUGGUCAAUUCUCAGAAACCGGCCUUUGUGCCGGCCAAUCCUUAUAAUCGUGCCAACUAUCAGCCUGCAGAGCUGGCUGCUCAACCCCAUGUGCCUAAGGCGAAUCCCCGAUCGCUUUACACCUAUUAUAAUGUUCGUAUGAACAAGCCGAUUAACUCUAUAACGCCAGAUACUACAAAUGGGUCCAUUCACCCCUUUAACCAACCGGCUAACUAUGUGCCGCUUAGUUAUGCCCCUGCACGCUUCACUCCGCCGCCAACGCUAUCGGUGGGACAACGAGCCCAGCAACGCACCAUUCCGGCCUUCAGAACCACCAGUUUAACAGUGGGCCUCACGUACGACGUGGAUAUUAGCUAUGUUGAGAACGGUCCGCACCUAUUCUGGGUGCAUCUGAAGAGCAGCGGGAAUGAUCUGAGUGCCAUGAUGGGGCAGAUUGAGCGGACGAAGCUGAAGCCACUUACCCAGGCUCCUGAGCUUGGAACAGCAUGUGUGGCUCGUUUCUCGGAGGAUGGCCACUUAUAUCGCGCUUUAGUAAGCGCAGUUUUCGCCCAGCGUUUCCGCGUCGUCUAUGUAGAUUAUGGAAACUCUGAGUUGCUGCCGACCACCGAUCUUUUCCAAAUACCCCCAGAACUGUUGGAUAUCAAGCCAUUCGCCUUUCGCUUCGCUUUGGCAGGAACAAAGGAGAUUGAGCCCAUCGACGAAAGCAUGAAACGAAUUUUCAAGAAAUCGGCUAUAUAUAGAAACUUCGAACUGACUGUGCAGGCGCCGGAGAGCGUGGGCUCCAUGCAGACCUGCCACCUCAACCAGAAUGGCACUAAUAUGCUGGAGCUACUCAGACAGCUGAAGAACUCACGUCAAUCGUAUGCAAAGGCGGAGCAACUGCAAAAUGAUGACGCCGUAGAGAUUCGCUUUAUUGACUCACCGAGCAACUUUUAUGUGCAGAAAGUGUCGAACAUCGGAAAAUUCGAGCAGCUUAUGGAUGAGAUGUUUUCUUAUUACAAUGCAAACCAGAAAGUGCCCGAGCAGUUGAUCCUGGGCGCACCCUGUAUUGUGAAAUGCGAUCAGGAAUGGUACCGUGCCGAGAUUCUGCGCGUUGAUGACUCUGUGAUUGUGCGACACGUAGAUUUCGGUUAUGAACAGAACGUGAAGCGCCACCUGAUUGGCCAUAUUGCCGAGAAGCAUUUGGAAAUGCCACGCCAAGCAAUCAAAUGUUGUUUGAAAGGUUUCGAAAAUAGCGAACUGAGCGAGGACAAGAUUACCGACCAGUUUGAAAUGUUGGCUGAGGAAUCCAAUAUCCGACGUCGCACAUUUAGUGUUCGUAUCUUUCGCAUAGAACCAGAUGGUUUAAAUGUGGUUAAUCUAUUGGCCAAGAAUCUAAAUGUAAUGAAGAAGCUCUACAAGCUUUCCAUGCCCUUUGAGCAGUAUCUAUCUCUGGAAAAGGGGCAGUUCAAUGCCAACACCACUCGUGCUGAGUCUGUGGUUUCUUCUGAAUUGGAUAAGAACCUCAUUCUUAAUUCUACCAGCAUUGUUGAAAGUGAGGAUCGCUUGCAGAUACAGGAAAGACAGCAGCAACAAAAAAUGCAGUCGGUGCAGCAGCAACUGGUGGUUGAAAUUCCGCAACCAGCUAGGGUAGGAGGUGGAAGCAAAAUUUCUUCUGAUUGGGACAAGCGCAGCUCUACCUCGGCGGGCUCGAAGGACAGCAAACGUCAGAAGCAGCAUAAUCAGCAAAGUCAGAGAUUAGACCGCCACUUAGACGCCAGCAUUGAGACGCAGAGCAUUAGCAGUUAUACUAGUGGCAUGAGUUCACCUCGCAAGGGGAAUCGACAACAGAAUGGUCGCACUCCGAUUCAGUCUCCAAGGCAUAAUGGAAAACAGGAAGCGAAUAAAAAUGCACGCUUCAACAAUAAUGAAUCACCUCGCAAAAACCAAGAUGCUCAGCAACGGAAUCAGCGUUCACAGAAUGCACCUCAGGGCUAUGCCCAAAAACCACAGCGUCAAAAGUCAACGCUGGACGGAACCGUAAGCUCGAAACGCUCUAGCGGAGUUGAAAGCGAUGUGGCUUCUUCAACUUCCGAACCGGUGGCAAACCCCAAGCCAGAGAAAUAUGUUCCUCUGGACAAACCUUAUGUGGUGCAGGAGAUGAAAACUCCAGGCAAGGAGGAGGCUAGUCUGUCCUGGUGGGUCUCGCCCUUCCAAUUCUACGUUGUUCCAAAGUCGGCCUCAGUAAAGUAUGAUAAUGUCCUGCGUGAUAUGCGGCAGUUUUACCGCCAGAAGCAACACCAGCCACUUCAGUUAAAGGAUGGAUCUACUGUUGUAGUGCGUCAGCGAAAGGACAACGCCAUUCUGCGAGCUACAGUGACCGCCUGCAACCACAUGAUGCGCAAGUACCGUGUGUUUUGCGUGGACACGGGCAGCUUGAUUACCGUCACGUCGGAGGAUGUUUGGCAACUUGAGCAGCGCUUUGCGGAGCCACCGUGCAUGGCACAUCGGUGCAGCUUCCAUAGCGUGGUUACCAACUACGAUCCGCUUUACAUUGUGGAUCGCAUGGAGAAGUACGUUCCAGUCAACGCUAAAGUAGAAAUCGAGUUCCUGUCCAAGCAGAAAAGCAAUCAAAGCAAAAGCAACUACAGUAGUGGCUCCUACACAGUCAACAUGUUUGUGAACGGGGCCUCGCUGCGAGAUACGCUGAUUAAAGCUGAGUUUCUGUUAGAAGUGGCGCCAGAGGUCCGCGUUACCCUUCUCGCUGGUCAACAAGUCAGAGGCAAAUUCACUUCGAUUCGGGACAUGACGAACUUUAAGGUACAGCUUGAUUACUGUAAUAAUGUGAACUUCUUGUGCAGCUACGAUGAUAUGAAAUUCGUAAAGUCCAAUCCUGAUUUGGCCAGGCGAUUCAAGGAGUUUUAUGAAGGAAAAUCGUUUGCUUUUAAUAUCAAGAAUGUCUGCGAAAACAAUAUAAUUCACCUGAGACCUGUAAUGCCGCUGUUCAAGGAAGACCGCAAGGCUUUCGUUUGCCCUUAUCCGGUAGUGUUGAGCUCAUUCCAAGCACUCGUGGUGUACACAGCAAAGCCCUAUCGUGUAUAUGUUCAACCGCAGGCAAUUUUACCUGCCAUGCAGACUUUAUUGAAUAAUAUGUAUGAGCACUAUAAAGCGAAAGGUUCGUCCCUGAAGAAAUUCGAUGCUGGGCAGAUCUGUGCUGUCCGAAGUGCCGAUGGAAACUGGUACAGAGCCAGAAUCUCUGGGAAGGAUACAAAUGCAGCACGUCUUGAGGUAUUUUACAUCGAUUAUGGCAACACGGAGGAAAUUAAGCGUGACGAUAUCAAGAAAUUGGAUGACAAGUUCUAUGAGUACGGCAGCGGCUUUGCAGUGGAGAUCAAUUUGCCGCUUGGUCGCCCCAGCAACGAAGCCAAGUUACAGGCUCGUCUAUCUGAGAUUCUUAAACAAAAGGUGGUCAUUGUCAAAUCGAUUGAGGUGCGUCGCAAUCACCUCAUUGCCGAUGUCAUCAUGGAGAACAAUAAGAGUGUGGUAGACUUCUUGAAGGCUGAAAAACUUAUACCUGGUACGGAUCUUGAGUACAUCCGCAAGCAAAUGGACAAAGGAAAGUCGCGCACUUACGAGUAUAUUGAAACAGUAGACUUAACCUUAGACGACGAGGAUGAUAAGGGACGUAAGGAAACUGGCAUCAAGGGGAGCUCGGCAAACACCUCGCCCAAGAAAAAGCAACAUAAUGAAAAGGAGCGGGAGAUAAAGAAGAUCAAGCCUGUGGAGCCGGCUUCUUCCCCUGCUGCUUCCCCAGUUCCCGUAAAAGCCCCCACACCGGUUCCUGCGGAGCCAGUGCCAGAAACUAAACCAGUCACUCCGAUUCCAGUGGUUGUAGCAGAAGCCGAACUAAAGCCAGCUGUCCAAGAGGUGGAUCCAGAGCCAGAAAAGCCAAUUCUGCCAAAAGAGGAUCCGUACAAAGACAUGGACAGGGUAGCGCUAAGCCAUUGCGACAAUCCAGCCAACUUCUUUGUUCACCCCAUCGAUCAGUUAGAAAAAUUACAUCAACUGCAGGAGAACCUCCAGAUUGUGUCCCCCUCCUUGCGCCAGUUAAAGAAUGUGGUGAACGGUGCAGACUGCGUUUCUAUGUACUCUGUAGACAAGUGCUGGUAUCGCGCCAAAAUUAUUGAUGCUGAACUUAUGGUUCUAAUGUUCGUCGACUUUGGAAAUACGGACUGCGUAUCCGACGCCACAGAAAUCAAAGAAAGCAUGUGGUCGCACAUUGAGCCUUUUUGCUUGCCAUGUGCACUCCCUAUUUGCCCCAAGGGCACUGCUGAUUGGGUGGAUGCUGCAAAUGGAUUAUUCAACGAAUCUUAUAGAAAGGUCCUGCAUUUCGAAUACCUGACUCAAGGAGAUCAAUACACAAAAAGCUAUGUUAAUGUAUACAUCGAGGGCGAAGAUGUGGCUAAGAAAUUAAUUGCUGAUGGUUUUGCUAGGCCCCUGGAGUACGUGCCUAGUGGAUGCAGCUGCUACAUUUCGCAUGUGAAUGGAAUUUGUGAUUUCUUUAUUCAGCUAGAAAGAGAUUCGAAAGCUCUGGAGUUGAUUGAGAUGUAUUUGCGCGACGAGGAGAAACUGAAGCCCUUGGAGAAGUUUGAAAAAGGUUCCAUUGUGGCUGCUCUCUUUGAGGACGACGAACUGUGGUACCGAGCCCAAUUGCUAAAGCAGUUACCAGACUCCCGGUAUGAAGUGCUCUUUAUUGACUAUGGUAACACAUCCACCACAUCAAAGUGUCUGAUGCUCUCCGAGGAGAUUGCUAGUCUGCCCAGCUUAUCCAAGAAAUGUUCAUUGCAACUGCCAGAGGCCUACAGCUCUUGGACACCAGAAGCGGAGGCAAAAUUCCUUGAGCUAACCGGUGAGGGUGAGCUGGUGUUUACCACACAGCUUCUGAAGCCAGGACAGGAUCAUGUUACCAUAGAUCUCCUGUUAGAUGGAGAAAAUAUCAUCGAGCGACUGCUUCCGUUGUGCCAGCAAAAGGAACCAACCAAGGAAGCCAGCAGGGAGUCAAUAACUGUCACUACUAAAGCCAUCAUCACGCACGUGGAGAAUACCUGUCACAUGUACCUACAGUUUAGUGAGAAGGAUUCCUUAAUGGAUAUCAUUUGCGAGAAGCUAAAUGGGACAGUGCUGCAGCCCAAGAAGGAGAAGGGCUCAGUCGAUGACAUGUGCGUUACUCAAUUUGCGGACGAUAAGGAGUUCUAUCGCUCACGCAUUCUGGAAGUGCUUGAAGAUGGCAAAUAUAAAGUGAUGUUGGUUGACUAUGGUAAUACGACUGUGGUGGACAACCUUUAUGAGUUGCCUCUGGAAUUUACGCUUAUAAAACCAGUCGCUGAGAUAUGUAGCAUGGAACCUAGCGCUCUCUUUGAGAAAAAUAAGCCUUUGGCUCUAGCAACACUCGACGCGCUGCUGGACAGCUGCAAUGGUGUUGUGGAAGUGGAGUUUGUAGACAAGUCAGCCAGUCCACCGGUGGUCAGACUAACGACUAAGGAUAAGAGGAGCCUGAACAUCUAUGAUCAGCUACAUAAGCUAAUUGAGGCGGAGUUAAAACUAAUCCAAAAGAGAAACGAAAACUCAGAAUGUGUUAUCUCACAUGGCAGCUCACCGAAAAGUUUCUAUGUGCACCUGAAGCACAACUCGGCGGAUUUGGAUUUUAUUGUCAAGACACUGCAGUCCCUGAAAAAGGAGCAACUAAAGAUAUUGAACGCCCCUAGCAAGAAUUGUAUUGGUGUUUGCUACUCCCAGGAGGAUGCCUGUUACUAUCGCUGUUCCAUCAAGUCAGUAUUGGAGGACAACAAGGGAUUCGAAGCCUUUUUGUUGGACUAUGGCAAUACCCUGACUGUUUCGGAGAUCUGGAAAUUACCCAAAGAGAUAGAGUAUAUUUCACCGCUGGGCUUGCAUUGCCAACUCAGUGAGAUUCCAGAAGGUGUGCCCGACGAAGAGCUGGAGGAGGCCUUUAGCGCAUUACUAGAGCAGCACUUUGGGGAAGUCUACGAAAUAACCACUCAACCGAAUGAGGAUGAAACGAAACCUCUUUCUGCUCAACUCCGUAUCAACUAUAAAGACUUUGCCCAGGAGCUGGCCAGUACAGUGGCCGGAGUACAAAAACCGCUCGAAGUGGAGCUGCACAACUGUGUUGUGGUGCAGUACGACGAUCCAAGAUCAUUCUACGUGCAGAUGGAGAGCGAUGUGUCAGCCCUAGAGAAAAUGACUGAUAAACUCUUGGAUGCAGAACAAGAUUUGCCCGUAUUUAGCGACCUCAAAGAGGGAGCAUUAUGCGUGGCCCAGUUUCCAGAGGACGAGGUCUUCUACCGCGCCCAGAUUGUCAAGGUUUUAGACGAGGGCAAGUGCGAGGUGCAUUUUAUUGACUUCGGCAACAAUGCUGUGACUCAGCAGUUCCGUCAGUUGCCCGAGGAGCUGGAGAAACCGGAGCGGUACAGCAAGCACUGUGAACUGGAGGCCUCCACAAUAGCCAAAUGCGAUGUGGCCCUGCUGCAGACGUUCAUAGACUCUCGCUUCUCCGAGACAUUCCAGGUGGAGAUUCUGGCCACCAAGGGAGCUGGCACUCAUGUCGUGCGGCUCUUUUAUCAGAGCAAAAAUAUCAGCGAGAAGCUUCAAGAAAAUCAGUGAUCUGGUGAUCCCGCAAUACUGGCAGAUCGGACAGAUUACAAUUCAUAUAUGCUCCGUGCAGGAGAUUGUGAUUAAUUUGGCUAAAAAACGCGUUGUAUUAUCUAUUUAGUUGAACGAGUUAAACUUAUUCAAGCGGAGGCGGAGACCUCACGAUUUUGAUUAGCCAAGAUGCUUCAUUGAUUUUUCAUGGAAAACCAAAAUGAAAGCUAAUUUUAACUUUAAUUAAUCAAUCGAUACGGAAAAGAAAACCACAUUAUCACCAAAAACACAACAAAACGAAAAAAUCGAACAAAAAAAACGAAAAAAGCUUUACAAAAUGUAUAAAAACAAACGAAAAAUAUAAAAAACAACAAAAAAAAAUAUGAAAUCUAGAUAAAAUUGGCACUAACACAUAAAUGUUAGUAGCUUUAAGGGCGAAGGACGAUUUAUGUAAUUGCUCAAGCUUGUGUAAAACAAUUUUACAUCAUCAACGAACGUUGGCGAAAAGAAUGGGAGAGAAUCUGAACCUCCAAAAUGAUUAUUUAUGUUCCCUUUGUAACUUUAUUUGUACUUUCUUUUUUCGAUUAACCAACUGAAGAAUCACUUAUACAUUGUUUUUGGUUUUAAUACUUUUCAUUAUCUAAACAAACAAACAACAUUGCAAAGCGAAGACUAAAAGAAACGUAAGGAAACUAAUGGAAUAUGGGUUUACGUAUUAAAACCUUUAAUCACAAUGUCAUAUUUUUCUACUAUUUCUUUUUCAUGUUGUGAACAAAAAUAUUUAAACAAACCAAUAAAUAAUAUGAAAAGUAAAGCCA